AUGAGUGAUUACUAUUACAAAACGUUGAGGCCAAUCACGAAGAUCACCGUUUCAUUUUCCAUUCAUUACGUCACACAUUUUGGAGAGGAACUUUGUAUCACUUUUGAUGAUUGUACGACUUGCAAAUUAAAAUGGACUUCCGGUCAUAUUUGGACGGGUGCAAUAGAUCUCUAUUUUCCUCGACUCUUAAAAUGGUCUUACACUGUCUGUUGCAACGGAAAGAUCCUACGAGUGGAAAGUCUUGAAUCACUUCGACAGUACUAUGUCGAUAACUCACAUAGGUUAUACCACGUCUUUGAUCAAUGGGAUAACCCUUACCCUUCGGUGUCUCCACUUAAUUAUAAUGAAACAGUGUUGUCCAAGAACAACACAUCAACUAAGAAUAUCAAAACAUCAAUGCAACAUCAUAACAUUUUCAUCUCAUUUGUUUCGUUAAAUAAACACAAGGUCUCGGCUGCUCCCGAGUACGAGUAA